GCUGUUCUAUUUACAUUAUUUUAUCAAAUUCAACUUUUAAGUUUAAGUUUGCGUGAUACACAUCUAUAUAUGGUACAUAUACUAUACACAGCUGAUUUAAUAGCCAUCGCUUUUAUUGCUUUUUCACAAAAAUAAAUGGCCUUACGAAUGUUAUACCAUAGAUUUUUCAUACAAGGGUAAACCUGUUAUGAACAAGGUAAAAAAGGUGGAAAUACCAUUAAUCGUACACAAUACUACGCAGUAAACAAUCUCUCAAUGACCCAAGUUGUCUUGAAUUGUCAACAUAAGUUAAUAUCAUUUAGUAUACGAUUAAAAUCUCUUGCUUGCAGUCAGCUGUACUAUUGCUGCAACAGUGUAUUCAGAUCGGCAAAUAUAAGAAACCAAUCCAAAAUGGUCAAGUACCUUAAUCAAUCCGAGGCAAUGAAUGUUGAUAAGGAGUUAUUCGAAAAAUAUAAGUUUAGUGUUGAUCAAUUAAUGGAAUUAGCUGGUCAAAGUUGUGCCAUUGCCAUUGCAAAAUGUUAUCCAUUGUCUUCGAACAGCAACAAUGCUAUCUUGGUAUGUUGUGGACCAGGAAAUAAUGGUGGAGAUGGCCUUGUUUGUGCUAGACAUUUGAAAAUCUUUGGCUACUCACCAGAGCUUUACUAUCCACAAAGAACAAAUAAUACUUUGUAUCAAAAUCUAUUUCAUCAAUGUAUGGAAAAUGAUAUUCCAGUUUUAGAAACUACAGCAGAUGUUAAAGAUACAAAAUCUUAUAAACUGAUUGUAGAUGCUUUGUUUGGAUUUAGUUUCAAACCGCCAGUUAGACCUAACUUUAUUCCAAUUAUUGAUAUAUUAAAAAAUUCAAGUGCUCCUAUAUGUAGUAUUGAUAUCCCAUCAGGUUGGAAUGUUGAAACUGGUCCUCCAGCAGAAAAUGCCAUUAAACCAGAAAUGUUGAUAUCAUUAACAGCACCUAAACUAUGCGCCCAUAAAUUUAUUGGAAAGCAUCAUUAUCUUGGAGGAAGAUUUGUGCCCAAAAAAUUGGAAACAUCAUAUCAACUUAAUUUACCAGAAUAUCCUGGCACGGACUAUAUUGUACCACUGUGAUAUUUUAUUAUUCUUUAUUAUUGAAAUCUGUUAAAAAUGGAAUUUCCACACUAUACUAUUUUUUAAAUAUAAACAAUUUUUGUAAUUUUGUAUUCUAAAGAUCAAGUUUAAUAUGAUGUGUAUGUAAAAACAAUGGGGGAAUAAA